UGAAUAUUAUUCAAUUAUUGUGUUACCGUAAUUGCGUACCGCGUUGAUCAAUCAUUYGUGAUUUGUUAUUGUUACGCACCGAAAGUUGAAACACGACGGCCGACUGCUGACAAAGACAAACGGACAAACAACACYGCAUUGCGCACGCGGCAACUACGUUUUACCGGUUUCCGCGUUUUUUCGUUCCGCUUCGAUUCAUCUCGACGUGAUUGUAGUUAACCGAUCGGUUUUUGGCUGAAUCCUUUUUCCACCAAACGUGCAUGCGCGUGCGAUUCUCCUGUAAUCGCUCCGGUGCGCCGACAGUCAUUGUUAGAUACGUAAGACAAGUCUGUUAAAUGAUAAGCACGGGGGGGAGAUGUAACAGCGGUGGCGGCGGUCGGGUCUCGGCAAUGUCCAAAGAGUGUCGGAUCGUAAACGGCGGUGGCGGCAUCGUCGUCGGYGGAUACGUGAACCACUGCGAGGAGGUGCUCGGCGACCAAAACGAAAUGGUGAUGGCUGCGUCUAAGAUUGSSGUGGUCGCUGGCAACGAUCAGACGGUGGCYUCCAUCAACCAUCGCGUCUACCCACCGUCGACCAAUGAGCUGGGUAAAAUCAAGGACCUGUCUCUCGGCAAUCUCAUGAUAAUAGAAGAGUACGCUAAAACUGUGGCCCUGAAAAAUGAUCAGAUAUUAUUGUUGACAAAGGAAGUGGACUAUCUUAAGCAGAAGUUGGCAGAAGUUAAACAACAUUUAGCUGAUAGAGAAGAAAACUUGGAUGUUUUACCAUUCACACCAGUUUCUUCGACGUGCUCUUCUGGCGUGGGAGAUUUGAGUUCUGCUGAACUACAAGAUCAGCAAGAACAACAGGACAUUAAACCUAAAAAGCGAAGGAUUCGACAAGCUGCUACUAAACAACUGAAUCCAGAUCCGUUAGAAUCCAACCGGACUAAACGGCCAAGAACUAGAAUUACACGAGCUAAAUCAGCUAAAAUAGGUAAAAUGCAAGAGUUGUCUUUGAUCACUGCAGAUGAUGCAUAUUACACAUGCCUUGGAAAUUAUGAUCCUAUAAAAGAUGAACCAGUUUCCGAAAAUACUAAUAGUAAUUUAGAAAUACCUAGUUGGAGAGUUAAAACAUAUUCUAGUUGGUAUUCUAUGGAAGGCACUGAAAAUAUGUCUGAUGAUAUCUUUGAAAGCAGACAUUAUAGACUUGAACAAUGUGAACAAAAACGAAAAAGAUGGGAUUUGCAACGAAUUAGGGAAUUGAAACGAGUAGAGUAUUUAAAAGAAGGCCGUAAUAGACACCAUUCACAGAAAUCUAAUGACAAUAAUAAAGAAGAAUUGACAACUUUAUUGCCCAGUCCAUCRAAUAUUAAAGCAAUUGAAAUCACAGAUAAAUUACCUGUGUCUGCAUUUGGUAGCAAUUUACAUAUUAAAAAGAAACUUGAAGUAUAUAAAUUUUGUCACAGUCAAUGGUGUAAUGAUGGAUCUCAAGUGCCAAAAGAAAAUAAUAUACGUGAACUCCGUUCUUCAGGUUGUAGUCAAUUUUAUGACAGCAUUGAACAAUAAUUUAAAGUGACAAAAACUAUUUUAUUGUAUUCUGGCUAACUAUGACAGAUGAYGUAAAUUGCCUCAAGCUUUUAGACAAUAGGUAACAAGAUAAAAUGGUCAUCUAUAAUUUUAUUGCUAAUUGGAUUUUGUUAAAUUUUGAAUUAUUUCUUUAGUUUCCAAAAAUCAUUUCAACUAAAAUAUAUAACAUUUUUGA